AAAACCCGCGUUGUGGCGGGCUAUAAAAGCAAGAUGGCGGUAAAAAUGGAAGUAAAAAUGGAGAGAGAAGAUGAACAGCUUUCGCACAGUGAUCCUUUAGAACUGGAGGAUAGGAUACUGGAACUGUGUACUGCUAAUGAGAAGGGGAUCACUGAGCAGACCAUAAUUACUGAUCAACCUUCCAUUAACGUUGAAACGAGGAAGAAAGCAUUACAAAGACUCUUAUCUGUGGGUAAGAUUGAAGUAUAUAAGCAAGGAUCCUCGCUUAUCUACCGUCUUAAAACUAAUGUUGGAACAAGUAGUACUAAAGGCUUUGAGUUAGAAGAGAAGGUUGUAUAUCAGAUCAUUGAGGGAAGUGGAACUAAGGGAAUAUGGACACGGGACAUUAGGACCUCGUCAAACUUAACCGACCUACAGAUCAACAAGUGUUUAAAGACACUCGAGAGCAAGAAGCUGGUGAAGAAAGUCAAAACUGUCCCUCCAUCAAAGAAAAAGAUUUAUAUGUUGUUUGAUUUGGAACCAGAUGAGUCAUUGACUGGUGGGGCUUGGUACAGUGACCAGGAAUUUGAAACUGAGUUUGUUGAUGUACUUAAUGUGAAAUGCCAACAGUACCUUCAGAAAAAAGCUCGUAAUGCAUGUAGUGAACACAGUGCUCCGUUAUUGCAGAGAAGAGCUUCAUCUGCUACAGUCAGUGAAGUCUGUGAAUACAUUAAGAAGCUUAACAUCAGUAGAGUUGAUCUGACUCAUCGUAAUCUUGAAUCAAUCCUCAAUACUCUGGUGUUUGAUGGUAAAGCGCUCAUGACGCAUGAACUAGGCCCUGAUGGAACUGCCAUUAAAGUGUACAGAGCCACUAAACUAUAUACUAAUGGCGGACAGCAUCUUGUGCCUGGCUUCAGCAGAACACCUUGCGGAAUUUGUCCGGUUAUUGAUCAGUGUACACCUGAUGGCGCCAUCUCUCCAUUGAACUGUACUUAUAUGAAAGACUGGCUUCGGUUUUGAAUGUGGAAGAGCUACAUUAUUUAAUUCUAACGAGUAAUUUUUAAAGAGUUAAAUGUUUAUACUGUUGGUUUAUUUGUUAAUGCACCAAUGCACUAAGAUGACUAUUCAUAUCUAU